UGUAAGUCAUCUCAUGAGAUUAGUUUAAAAGGAUUUUAUUUUUAUUUUGUGAUGAUAUUUUGCUCCGGAUCUGCUAAAAUUAUCAGAUCCUGUGGAUCGGUAAUGUUACAUCGUCCGUACGCAAUAUUCCCCUACUGAACUUCUGACCUACUAACUAUCCGACGAACUGCAAUAUCGAACCUACGCCAGCUGUUUAUUUUGUAUUAUUUAAUGGUUAGGUUAGGUUUAAACAAUUUCUGGGCCGAAUGCUGCUGCUAAAACAAGCUUUGGGGCCGCGCGCCGUGGUAGAACAGGCUAGUGGGCCGAGCGCCGCUGCUAGGACAGGCUAGGGGCCGGGCGCGGCGGCCAUAAGUCUAACUAGCACUAGCAGCUGUGCUUGUAGGUGUAGUGUAGUGUAGUAUGGCGGAUUUGGCGUAGGUCUGAAGUGGAGUUUAGCGGAUUUGCGUAGGGCUAAAGAUACAUCAUUAGUGGAUCUUAAGCAAUGUUUAAGUAUAUUUAAUAAUUAAUUAUUAAAAUUAUUAAAUUUUCCCUGUUCAGAUUGACAUGGGUAAGAUCAAGCUUGAUGUGUUGAAACCCUGGAUCACGAAGAGGUGUGCAGAGCUCUUGAAGAUGGACGAUGAUGUUGUUGUUGAGUUUAUAUUUAACCAGCUUGAAGAGAAGAACCCGGAUCCCAGGAAGAUGCAGAUAAACCUGACUGGAUUCUUGAACGGGAAGAACUCGAGGAUCUUUAUGUCGGAGCUGUGGUCUCUGCUCUACUCUGCUCAGACCAGUGAGAGCGGUAUUCCCCAAGAGCUGGUCAAUCUGAAGGUUGAUGAAAUCAAGUCGAGAAAGGACGAAGAAUCCAGGCUUGCAAGCAGACUUAGACAGGUUGCUGAUAGUGUUGGUGAGCAAGCAGAGCGAGCUAAGCAGGCCGGAUAUAGAGCUAAUAAUGAUCUCAAAGGUCGGAGUAGGAGUAGGAGCAGAGAUAGGAAACCAAGGAGGAGAAGUGGAUCCAGAGAAAGAAGGCGUAGAAGUAGAAGCAGAAGUAGGGGAGCCAGAGAGGUUGUUAAAUCUGAGAAAGAUGCUGCCAAACCAGAAAAUGGAACUAAAGUUGAUGAUGACAAAAACGAAGAAUCAGAAGAUGGCGUCGCUGAUACCAACGGUAAAGAGAAGGAAAGUAAAGAAGAUAAAGAAGAGGAUGAAGAAGAGGAUCGAGAUAAUGUUGAAAUCAGGAAAAAAGAGGAUGGAGUUCUGAGCAAACGUAAUUAUAGAUCUCACAAGGAGAGUGGCGGAGAAAGUGAUCAUGAAACGGAGAAAAGAAAGAGAUCGUCGUCGAGAACACGAGGUAAAUCUCCUAUUAAACGAAGAUCUGUUUCUCCCAAACGUAAAUCAGUUUCACCCAGACGCCGAUCACCGUCUCCUAGGGAUAGACGACGAUCACGAUCUCGUGACAGAUCGUCAAGAAGAGUCGGAGAACGCUCAAGACGAUCUCCAUCAAGAGAGAGAAGACGAUCUCGCUCACGCGAUGAUGACCGGAGACGGGAGGCGGAGGAUCGCCGGAGAAGAGAGGAAGAGCGAAGAAGGCGAGAUAGGAUAGAAAUGGAGCGUGAGCGGGAGCGAGAAAGAGAGCGUGAAAGGGAACGUGAAAGGGAAAAGAAGAGGGAAAGAGAAAGAGAAGAAGAGAGAAGAAAUCGUAACCGUGAAGGAAGAGAUGGAAGAGACAGGGAUACUAGAGACACUAGAGACAGAUAUGAUCGUGAAAGAAAUCGUGUUGACACAGACGAGGAGGAAAUGGCGACUAAACUUCGUGAGAAAGAAGAAGCGCUGAAGAGACGGAACAAGGAAGAGCGGAAACACAAGUCUGAUAGCAAUACUAGAAGAAGGUUCAGAGAAGAUUCCGAUGAAGAAAAUCCACGGAAGAUUAAGAAGAGACGGGAAGGCAGCGAUGAGGAAGAUGACAGAUCCAGCAGAAGAACUAAAGAAGAAAAACGAGUAGUUCGAAAGAAAUCUUCUUCUAUUGACGAAAGAAGAAAGGUUAAAAGAGAAUCUUCUGACGAUGAGAGACCAGCCAGGAAAUCCAAGAAGAAAGAAAGAACUCCGGUACAGAAGAAGAAGAAGAAAGAUGAGACUGAGAGUAGUUCUGAGGAAGAAUCCGAGUCGGAAGAAGAAGUAAAGAAGAAAUCAAAGAAGGACAAAAAGCAUAAGAAACACAAGAAAGCCAAGAAAUCCAAGAAGAUAAAGAAAGAGAGUAGUUCCAGCGAGGAAGAAGAAGACUCCGACUCCGAAGAAGAAGAGGAGGAGGAAGAGGAAG